AUGUCCCAUCCCCACCACCGUACAACAACCACAUUCGCGCGCGAUUCCUCUGUUUUUGAUUCAUUCCGUUACCACAGCACCACCACCGUAAUGACGCACAAACAACGCUUCAAGCGAGUCGCAAAACCCAUUUUACACCUUCCACGAAUCAAACCCGCACGUAAAACGCGACUUUCCAAAUCACUCAAACUCACCGCUCCUGAAUCCAACCCAUCAUCAGAACCGCACAUUUCAUUCGAAAAAACAAAACCUUUACCCCGCGAGUUCUUCCAAAUCGAUGCACUAGACCUUGCUCCUCGUUUACUCGGAAAAUUUCUUCGCAGAGACGACGUCGUUCUUCAGAUUACCGAGGUAGAAGCAUAUAGAUCAAAUGAUUCAGCUAGUCAUGCUCGGUUUGGUAUUACUCCAAGAACUGCUCCUCUUUUUGGACCGGGUGGACACGCAUAUGUCUAUCUUUGCUAUGGACUCCACGUGAUGCUGAAUGUUGUUGCUGAUAAGGAAGGAGCUGGAGCUGGAGCUGGUGUUUUGAUACGUUCUUGUGCCCCCGUUUGUGGAUUGGAUGUUAUUCAACAACGGCGAGGUCAAAAAACGGAUAAACCUAUACUUCUUACAGGUCCUGGUAAGGUUGGUCAGGCUCUAGGUCUUUCAACUGAAUGGUCAAAUCAUCCCCUUUAUACCCCUGGUGGUUUAGAACUCUUAGAUGCUCCGGAGCAUGAAAACAUAUUGGUAGGUCCACGUGUUGGUAUCCAGUACGCACUGCCAGAGCAUGUCGACGCACUGUGGAGAUUUGCCAUUGCAGGUUCCGCUUGGAUUAGUGCUCCAAGAAACACUCUCAGGCCACCGUUUUAG